CCUCGCGGGAACACAGGGCGAGGGUUCAGCAACAAACACGAAAAACCCCCAAUUCACACUCCAUUGAACUCAAACCUCUCUCUCUCUCUCUCUCUCUCUCUCUCUCUCUCUCUCUCUCUCCGGCGACGAGGAGGAGGAGGAGGAGGAGGAGGAGCUUGGCCAUGGAUGCUUUGGUGGUUCUCCCGAUCGUGGCGUUCGAGGAUAAGAUAGCGGAGACGGUGGAGGCGAACCCGGUGGUGGUCAUCAUCGGCGAGACGGGCUCCGGCAAGAGCACUCAGCUCUCUCAGAUAUUGCGUCGCCGCGGCUACACCCGCUCCGGCACCAUCGCCGUCACCCAGCCCCGCAGGGUCGCCGCCGUCUCCGUCUCCAGGAGGGUCGCACAGGAACUCGGUGUUGUACUAGGAGAGGAAGUGGGUUAUGCCAUUCGGUUUGAAGACCGAACUUCAGAGAAAACUUGUAUUAAGUAUCUCACUGAUGGUUGUCUUCUUCGUGAAAGUCUGUCAAAUCCAGAGCUAAAUCAGUACUCGGUCAUUAUCUUGGAUGAAGCUCAUGAGCGUAGUCUAAACACUGACAUACUGUUGGGUUUGAUGAAACGCUUAAUUAAGACACGCUCUUCAAAUUUAAAAGUUCUCAUCACUUCUGCAACCCUUGAUGGCGUCAAAGUGUCAAAAUUUUUCUCAGGUUGUCCUAUAUUGAACAUCCCUGGGACCUUAUUUCCUGUGGAAAAGUUUUACAGCACUGAGCGUCCUACAAACUACAUUGAAUCUGCUCUCAAAACUGCUCUUGAUAUACAUCUAAAGGAACCACCCGGGGAUAUUUUAAUAUUUAUGACUGGAAAGGAUGACAUUGACAAAAUGGUGUCAAAAUUGGAGGAAAGAAUUCAAAACCUUGAAGAAGGUUCUUGUCUGGAUGCUCUAGUCCUUCCACUUCAUGGUUCCUUGCCACCUGAAAUGCAGGUACGCGUAUUUGCUCAAGCACCAUCUAACUGUCGGCGGUUCAUUGUUGCAACAAAUAUAGCUGAAACUUCUUUGACUGUUGAUGGUGUUGUGUAUGUAAUUGAUUCUGGAUAUGUGAAGCAACGGCAGUACAACCCAUCCAGUGGAAUGUAUUCCCUUGAUAUUGUGCAAAUUAGCAGAGUGCAAGCUGAUCAGCGUGCUGGCCGAGCUGGAAGAACUUGUCCUGGCAAGUGUUACAGGUUAUACCCUGCUUCUGUGUAUAGUGAAGAAUUUCUUGAUGCAACAGUGCCUGAGAUACAACGGUCAUCUCUUGCUGGAACUGUCCUGUACCUGAAAUCUCUAGAUCUUCCUGACAUUGAUAUCUUAAAGUUUGAUUUCCUCGACCCGCCAUCUCGUGAAUCACUUGAAGACGCUUUGCGGCAACUGUACCUCAUUGAUGCAAUUGACGAAAAUGGGCAAAUAACAUCUGUUGGACGAACUAUGGCUGAGCUUCCCCUGGAACCUUCACUUUCAAGGACCUUAAUUGAGGCAAAUGAGUUGGGAUGCUUGUCCCAGGCGUUGACUGUUGCUGCUACUCUAUCAGCAGAAAUCACAUUACAUCAAGCUAGAAGUAAGGGCAAGGAGAGGAAAAGGAAACAACAGGCAAGUCUACCCGAUGGUUCUGGUUGGGGUGAUCAUAUUCAGUUGCUUCAGAUAUAUGAAAAUUGGGAUCUAGCCGACUAUGAUCCAGAUUGGUGCACGGACAAUGACUUGCAGAAACGUAGUAUGAUGUUCAGUAAGGAUGUGAGAAAGCAACUAUCUCAGAUAAUACAGAAGAUAGCCAAAGGUCCAAUGGAGGUGCAAUCAAGCUCAAGGCAUAAAAGGAAUGACCAUGACUAUGAGAAGUUGAGGAGAGCUUUAUGCGUCGGCUAUGGUAAUCAGCUGGCUGAAAGAAUGCUUCAUCACAAUGGUUACCGUACACUUGGCUACAGGUCACAGCUUGUGCAGGUUCAUCCAUCUUCGGUGCUGCAAACUGAUGAAAAUGGGCAGUUACCAGACUAUGUUGUGUAUCAUGAACUGAUAAAUACCUCUCGCCCUUUCAUGAGAAAUGUCUGUGCUGUUGAAAUGAAAUGGGUCCUUCCCAUCUUAAAGAAGCUAGAGAAAUUGGACAUCGACAAAUUGAGUGGUGGUUCCCAUGGUUCUAAUGGAUCUGAACCAAUCGAGGAUAAAACAACAAGCCUGCCCGCAAGUGACAAAGAUGUUAAGCAACCUGUUGAUGUGGAUAGUAAAAUUCAGGCGGCACGUGAGCGCUAUCUUGCACGCAAAGGAAAGAGAUAACACUACAUUCUCAGUGACGAAAAAAAAAAACAUUGUUGUUAGUCUUGAAGAGAUUGUUAACUGGUGACGAUUGGAUAUUCUUUAUUUAUACAUACCGUCGUUUGUGCUUGUUCUUCAAUGGUAUCCAACAACCCCUUGAUGAGGAACAUUUGGAGAGAGAUGAAUCCAAGCACCAAAAUUAUUGUUCUCGCCGAUGGUUGAAAAGGUGCUGCUACCGAUGGUCACUCGUUUAUUACCUUUUUACACGGGUAGACGAGUAGAUAGAUGUGCUAAUCUGAUUCAAUGGAGAAUUGCUGUUUAUCAUGAAAUCAACAAGUUAACUUUGUACUGCUUUCUUAUUAUCUGUUAUAACUCAGUACUUUUUGACAUUUGUUAAGCUUUUACGCGGUGCUUCAAUUUUUUACCUUUACAGUAGCUAUAGAUUAACUUGCUAAUCUGAUUCUAUGAAAUGCUUGUGCUGUGAAAAUUAUAUGGAAAUAAAAAUUGAUGUGAAUUGAUACU